GGUACCUUCACAGUAGUCACGUGGUACUUAUUGACAUUUGAAUUUCUUGAUAUAAAAAACAGAAUACGUACAAAACUUUGGCAAAGAAUUGCGGAUUUCUCAUUCAUAUGCGUAGGAUUUCACCCAAAAGAUUGCUGGAGGCCUUGAGUAAACUUCAUCUUUCAAUAAUGCCGUUCUAUGCCGUUCGUAAGGGUCGUAAAACCGGAAUUUACACUUCUUGGUAUGAAGCUGAAAAGAUCUUUAUAUUCGGGUCUAUUUGGAGCAUUUCCAUAUUAUUUACUUGUAUUUUGGCUUUACUACAAUAGGCAGGAAUGUAAAGAACAAGUGGACGGUGUGGUUUCGCGUUUUAAGAAGUUUCCAACGUUUGAAGCUGCCCAGGAGUUUAUGAACACAGUCGACCCGAGGGACAAUCACAAAAGAAGGAAAUUUCACGCGAAAGCACCCACUCCGAAGAAGGAAAAUCAUAAACAGAAUCUCGAGAAUGUCAGUCUUGAAGUUCAACCGACAGACCAAGGAAAUACGAAAGGAUGCAAAAGGAAAACAAAUGAUGGCAAUGACUAUGAAACAACAACAAAAAGAUUAAAGGAAGUGUGUGAUCCAGGCCGUGAAGUCGUUUAUUCUGAUGGUUGUUGUUUUGGAAAUGGAAGGCAAACAGCACGAGCCGGGAUUGGUGUGUACUGGGGUGAAAAUGAUCAUAGAAAUGCAAGUGAAAGACUGCAGGGAAAACCAGAGACAAAUCAAAGAGCAGAGUUGAAUGCUGCAAUCAAGGCUUUGGAGACAGCAGUAAAGCAUAACAUUCCCAAGGUCGAAAUACGAACAGAUAGCAAGUACACACUAAAUGCAGUGACAAAAUGGAUGAAAGGCUGGAAAUUAAAUGGUUUUAAAACUGCCAAUGGUCAAGAUGUGAAAAACAAACAAGAUAUUGUCAAAUUAUAUAAUCUCUGUCAAAUAAUUGAUGUCAAAUGGACACAUGUACGAGGACAUGUUGGUGUACUUGGAAAUGAAAAAGCGGAUAUGUUAGCAAAGCAAGGUGCCCAACAGCAACAUGGAAGUCUGGGUACUAAUCUACAGCAGGGCACAAAUGAAAGAGCAGAUUCGCUAGCAAAGCAAGAUUCUAAACAGCAAUAUGGAAGUCUGGGUUCUAAUCUACCACAGCGCAGAAAUAGAAGGGCACAUAUGCCGGCAAGGAAAGGUGCCAAACAGCAAUAUGGAAGUUUGGAUACAAAUCUACAGCAACACAGAAAUAAAAGGGCAGAUAUGGUAGCAAAGCCAGGUGCUGAACUACAAUAUAGAAGUCUGGGUAGUAGUCUAAAACAGCACAGACAUGAUACAAUAAUUUUGGACUAGUAACACUAUUCAAGGAUAGGAGUGAUAUUGUGACCUGUGUUGUGAAGCUACAGAAGAUGUUAGAGAUCUUGUGGCCUGUGUUGUGUAGCUACAGAAGAUGUUAGAGAUCUUGUGGUCUUUGUAGUGUAGCUACAGAAGAUGUUAGAGAUCUUGUGGUCUUUGUAGUGUAGCUACAGAAGAUGUUAGAGAUCUUGUGGCCUGUGUUGUGUAGCUACAGAAGAUGUUAGAGAUCUUGUGGUCUUUGUAGUGUAGCUACAGAAGAUGUUAGAGAUCUUGUGGUCUGUGUAGUGUAGCUACAGAAGAUGUUAGAGAUCUUGUGGUCUGUGUUGUGUAGCUAAAGAGGAUGUUAGAGAUCUUGUGGUCUGUGUAGUGUAGCUACAGAAGAUGUUAGAGAUCUUGUGGUCUGUGUAGUGUAGCUACAGAAGAUGUUAGAGAUCUUGUGGUCUGUGUUGUGUAGCUACAGAAGAUGUUAGAGAUCUUGUGGUCUGUGUUGUGAAGCUACAGAAGAUGUUAGAGAUCUUGUGGUCUUUGUAGUGUAGCUACAGAAGAUGUUAGAGAUCUUGUGGUCUGUGUAGUGUAGCUACAGAAGAUGUUAGAGAUCUUGUGGUCUGUGUAGUGUAGCUAAAGAGGAUGUUAGAGAUCUUGUGGUCUUUGUAGUGUAGCUACAGAAGAUGUUAGAGAUCUUGUGGUCUGUGUAGUGUAGCUACAGAAGAUGUUAGAGAUCUUGUGGUCUGUGUAGUGUAGCUAAAGAGGAUGUUAGAGAUCUUGUGGUCUGUGUAGUGUAGCUACAGAGGAUGUUAGAGAUCUUGUGGUCUGUGUAGUGUAGCUACAGAAGAUGUUAGAGAUCUUGUGGUCUGUGUGGUAUAGCUUCAGAGGUUGUUAGAGAUCUUGUGGUCUGUGUGGUGGAGCUACAGAGGUUAGAGAUCUUGUGGUAUUUGUAGUAUAAUGUAGCUUGAAAGAGCAAAGCACAAAUUAAAUAUUUUUUUGACGUAAAAACAUGAAAA